AUGGCAUCGAAAGCGUCGAAAGAUGUGACCCAUUCUCGGCGACAGAUGAAGAAUAAGUGUUCAUUCCUGCGAUUCUUAGUGAUUGUCUUGUCGUUCAUAUCGCUGUUGAGUCGUGUAAUUUACUGCACAUUCGCCACUUGGCUUACGAUCACCACAUUUGACUGUCAUCCGUGUCCCAACGCCACCGCCAUCACCGCCAACACAUCCACACCGCUCUUCAUCUCUCACCACUCGUCGGCUCUGUUUAAGUCGGUUCGCGGGCUUAACAUUGAGUCCAAAGAAACUGUCGUCAAAUUGCGCCGAAAGCGAGCGCAACGACUCUCCCAGAAGACUGUGUCCAAGUCUUCGCAGUUUAUCUCCGUAGCCAAUGGCAGUCUUGACGCCCAUUUCAAUGACACGAAGGAUCAGUUGGCGUUCGUUGGCUUUCAGGAGACUUUUGACUUCGAUAUGAGCGCCAAUCGACGCAACGGAUCCCAACCGGAGGCCAACGCAACGCAAGUGUUUCUAUCGAUUGAAAGGAUUACUAAGGAAUCCAAUGCGAGCCACAACUCGACCAAAGACUUUAUGACCAUUGAUCUCAAUGAGCAAUUGAGUGACGGCUCAAAAGAUAGCGAUUUACUUGAAGUAAAUAUGGAUGACGUCCUCCACGACGCCGAAGACUCGAAGAAACGGAAGAGAGAUUCAGAUCCGCUUUUUAUGGAAGUCUUAGAUUUGAAUGAUGACGAAGAAGACAAACCGAAGACCACAAACGAGACACAUGUCGAGAGAUUUACUUAUAUUCCAAGCGAUGAAUUGCUCAAUAAGGACAACAUUUUGCAUGAAGUUCUUGAGAUAAGCGAUUCCAAAGGCGAUUCCGCCAAACCCUCGAACAACUCGUCCGAAUGGCAAGACUGGCUUAAAGAUGACUCGCCUUCCGAUGACUCUUCGAGUGCCAUAACAAUGACAAUCUUAUUGGACGCUAAAGAGAUCACCGCAUCCAACGACUCACUCGAGACAACAGACCCCAGAAAGACACAAAACAAUCUGAACGACGACCAACUGGUCAACGAUACCCAGUAUAUCAGUUCGGAAGCCGACGACUCGUCAAAGAUAUUGAUCGAAGUUUGUUCCGAAGACUGUUCGCAGUUCUUGUCCUUCGAGUUGAACGACGCGUCGAUGAGAAAGUGGGCCACAAUUGUCAUCACUGGUGUCCUCUAUGUCUACGCGUUUGUCAUGUUUGCGAUAUUCAUGGGCGCGUGUCUGGCGUUAGUGGAUGUGUUGGUGAUCGCGACGUUCAUCGAAGGCGCCAAACUCUUCGCCGGUUUCAUACUUAUGAUUAUCGAUAGUUUCAACGGAAAAGGCGUUGAAUUCAAUUUGAUUGACAUCCGGUUCAAUGUGAACGACGGCGGGAACGGAUGGUCAGCCGACUUCUCGUACUCCGAAUACCUGUUGGAUGUAAUAAUCUUCUUUCUGUCGGCAUAUCUUUGUAUUCGAGUUUUCAAGUGUUUCGAGAAGAAGCCGAAGAAAGUGCCGUCAGUUGAGGAGUUGGUCGACACGAGAGGCACUUACCGACCGAAUCCCUCCCGAAAUGAUUUGGAGCCCAUCUUUGAAUGCAAUUAAAUCUCUCAUUUAUUUGCCAUUCAUUUUCGCCAUUUUCUUCAUCUAAAUUGUCUCCCAAUGAGUGC